AUGGCCAGCAACUGGAGUAUUGUCAUGCUGUGGGGAUGGCAGAACUCCUCGCAGAUCCUGGGUAGUUACCACUUUUUUCCCGCGCUUCGAGUGACAAGAGGCCGUUUGGACCGAUCUUUCAUCGAGUCCGGGCUUGCCGCCGCCAAGAAACAAUGCCUGCAUGUGCCGGGCGGGUGCUCUCGCGACGGAAGCAACGUGGUUCUGCAAGAUGUGUGGGAGUAUUGGCCGAGCAAUGCUUCCUGGAGGGACGUGACGCCUUCACUGCCCGGUCCAGGCCCGCGGUGGCGGCACACGCUCGUGUGGUCGGAGAGUGAUGGCGGCUGUCUCCUUUUUGCAGGAGCUUCGAAUCUCGAAGUCUGGCUCUUGCAGCCAAAUGCUUCUGGCUACCAGUGGUCAGCAGUGAGCGUGGUCAGCAACCCGAGCGCUCCAGGAAACCGGCUUCACACGGCUGUGGCAGCAAACGUCGACGGACAAAGUGCCAUGUUAGUUUACGGAGGGAUUGGGGGCACCAACCCCAAGCAACGCCUCUUCGCCUUCUUCCCUCACAAUGGCACAUGGACCACACGAGCGAAUGGGCCGGGUAGCAAUAGCUUUGUGCGCUAUUCCCACACAGCCGUGUGGGCAGCUGAGCUGAACCUCAUGCUCGUGUUCGGAGGAGCCAUCACUGGGGGCCUGAACGACCUUCAUGCCUACAGCCCCGCCACGGACACGUGGCAACAGCUCGGCCCUUCCGGGGCUUUGCCAAACGGGCGCUUGGGUCAUGUUGCAGUCUGGACGGGCAGUGCUAUGAUAGUGGCUUCCGGCCAAGGAGGAAAUGAGGACGGGGCUUGGGUUUGGAGGCCCGUUCCAGACCUCCAGGGCAGCUGGGAGAAGACGUCAACGAGCGUCUACCCAGGCUUUGACCUUGACAACAAGCGGGGCGCGGCCGCUUGGGAUCCCUUCACAUCCCGCAUGUUCUACGGCUUCCGGGGAACUGCAGACUUCUGGUGGAGCUAUCAGCUGCCAGGUUAG